AUGAUCACCUGUUCAGCGUUCAGCAGAACCCGGGGAGAGGAGGGGGGAGGCAAAACAAAAAAAAAGAAAAUGAGGGUUCCGAAAAGAGGGCGAAAAGGAAAAAUUGCAAAAGAGGAAAAGACUGAAUUUCCAGUGCAGUCGAAGAAGAAGCCCAGAAGACAAGCCAUCCAGAAACACCCGAUCUGGAUGCAAGUCUCGCCGGGCCCCUGGGCUGAAGAGAUCGGGUGGAUGGAUAACCUCGGAGACGCUUACUGGACCAUCUCAGCGCAAUUUGCCUUUUGCGUGACAUGCUCUACAUCUGCAGAUGGUUUCAUCACUGGCUCGAUCGUCGCAUCUGGCAAGGUCGUCGCGGAGUCUGUCUGUGGCUUGCCCGAGAUGCGCAUGCCUACGAACCCUCUAGGUUGCGGCCCAUCCGUGACUGGUUGGUGGGAGGUAUACGCCACCUGUUGCUUGCUGGAAGGGGGCGGCUGA